GUCAUCUCUUCACAGACUAAUGAAAAGUCAGAGGCAGGAGCCCACAUGGUACAACAUACAGGUUGGGAGGCUGACGUCCAGAGAGGGAGAAGGGUUCUUCUGAGGUCACACAACACAGGGAUAGAGAUAGGGAGGCCUGAUUCCUGACCAGAGGGGUUGGACAGAGGCAGUGGGGUGCUGUGGGGGAGAAUCUGCAUCCCUCCCUAUCCCAGCAGUGGAAGACAGUCCCCAAUCAGCUGCUUCUAUUACAGACUGAAAAGAGAGGCAAUGUGGCUGGAGGUGGGGGGCUUACUGCGGGGGACCUGUGGACAGCUGGGCCGGACUGUUGGUUUGCCUUGUGGGGCUCUAGGGCCUGGGCCCCACUGGUGGGGGUCACGUGGGGGUUCUUGGGUCCAAAAGUUGCAUCAGGAUGGGCCUGGAAGAGGCCUGGGUGAGGAGGACAUUCACAGAGCACGGGAGGCCCGGCUCAGGAAGACACCCCGACUCCAGCUGAGUGACCGCUCUCGAGAACGCAAGGUGCCCGCCUCUCGCAUCAGCCGCUUGGCCAACUUUGGGGGACUGGCUGUGGGUCUGGGGCUGGGAGCACUAGCCGAGGUGGCCAAGAAGUCCCUGCCAGGAGGACGUCUACCGUCGGAGGGUGGAUCCCGGUUGGGCUCUAGCCCUUUCCUGUCAGAAGCCAAUGCCGAGCGGAUUGUUCAGACCUUGUGUACGGUUCGGGGGGCCGCCCUCAAGGUUGGCCAAAUGCUGAGCAUACAGGACAACAGCUUCAUCAGCCCCCAGCUGCAGCGCAUUUUCGAGCGGGUUCGCCAGAGCGCCGACUUCAUGCCCCGCUGGCAGAUGCUGAGAGUUCUCGAAGAGGAGCUGGGCAGGGACUGGCAGGCCAAGGUGUCCUCCUUGGAGGAGGUGCCCUUUGCUGCUGCCUCAAUCGGGCAGGUGCACCAGGGAAUGCUGAGGAACGGGACGGAGGUAGCCGUGAAGAUCCAGUAUCCAGGCGUUGCACAGAGCAUCCAGAGUGACGUCCAGAACCUGCUGGCAGUGCUCAAGAUGAGUGUGGCCCUGCCAGAUGGACUGUUUGCCGAGCAGAGCCUGCAGGCCUUGCAACAGGAGCUGGCUUGGGAGUGUGAUUACCUUCGAGAGGCAGCUUGUGCUCAAAACUUCAGGCAGCUGCUGGCAGAUGAUCCCUUCUUCCGGGUGCCAGCUGUGGUUAAGGAGCUGUGUACGACACGGGUACUGGGUAUGGAGCUGGCUGGAGGGGUCCCCCUUGACCAGUGCCAGGGCCUAAGCCAGGACAUCCGGAACCAGAUUUGCUUCCAGCUCCUGAGGCUGUGUCUGCGGGAGCUGUUUGAGUUCCGAUUCAUGCAGACAGACCCCAACUGGGCCAACUUCCUGUAUGACGUCUCCAGCCACCAGGUGACUCUGCUGGACUUUGGUGCGAGCCGGGAAUUUGGGACAGAGUUCACAGACCAUUACAUCGAGGUGGUGAAGGCUGCAUCUGAUAGAGACAGAGACCGGGUCCUGGAGAAAUCCCGAGACCUCAAAUUCCUCACAGGCUUUGAAACCAAGGCAUUCUCUGAUGCCCACGUGGAGGCAGUGAUGAUCCUGGGUGAGCCAUUUGCCACCCAGGGCCUCUAUGACUUUGGGGCAGGGGACACUGCCCACCGUAUACAGGGCCUCAUCCCGGUGCUGCUGCAGCACCGGCUGCGCCCACCACCCGAGGAGACCUAUGCCCUGCACCGCAAGCUGGCAGGGGCUUUCCUGGCCUGCACCCGCCUCCGCGCCCACAUCGCCUGCCGGGACCUCUUCCAGGAUACCUACCACCAUUACUGGGCCAGUCGCCAGACGCAGCCACUGCCAGAAGCGUCCUGACCAGAGGGGACCUCCAGGCAGACCCCUCAUGACAGCCUCCAUCUGGGGAUUCCUGCCCUAGUACAGACCAUUUUCUGCUAUGGCACCUCCUCUCCCUUCCCCCUCUGCUCCAGGUCUGGGGAGCCCCCUUAGGCUUCUCAGUCUUGCCCAGCUCCCCUCCUUGGCUCAGGAGCUCAGGAACUCUGGGGCUGGGGAAUGCCAAUUUCACACCCUAUAUCCCACUCCUCCCCACUCCAAAGUGGGCAUCCAGGAACUCUGAGCUAGGGAGUCAGUUAACUUAUUUCUGCCAACAUUUGUGGGAGCCCUCCGCCUCACUGCAUGCCCUUAUGGAGAUCCAGACUCAUCCAGAGGGGGAGCCCUUCACUUCUGCCUCAGGUCUCCGGUGAAAGGGGAGAGGUGAUAGUUGGUGGAGGCAGCUUCCCCUUUGCCUCCCUCACUUCUCCACCAGCUGCCUUCUCCUGGGUUCCAGCCUCUGUGUGUUGGAGGGGUGGGGGUGUCCAACCUUCAGUCCGAAUAAAAGUGGUC